UGCUGAUGCAAAUCAGAUGAUAACGAUUUUGGGUAUUUUUCAACAAGCAGCCAAUUGUUGGAUGUGAAGAAGGGUUUCAAGUGAAGCGCGACUCAAACCGACACUUCUACACUCACGGCUAGGGUCGGGACCGUACUAGAUGUGCAGUUCAUUGUUGGGCUCUGCAUUGUUAAGGUUGGACUCUGAGGCUUGGGCUGUGCAUUGCGCGGAGGUUGAGCAACGACUUUGCGGGGCGACUGGACUUACUGCUCGCAACACGAAGAUGGGAGACUCAGUCAUGGACGCAAGUUCGAAAGUGCUGCUCACAAGCAGGAACUUCCUUGACGUCUUCAAGGUCAGGGCAAUAGAAGUUGCAAACCAGGAAUGCGAAGAGGUGAUGACUUAUGGGAUUGACGAAGAGCGUUUGGGAAGUUUGCGCGCAGCAUUCCAGAGUGUUGCCGAGUCUGUGUAUCGACACGUCGAAGCAAACACAGCGGUGUGGUCAUCGGUUCCCUCGGCUGUGGUAGAAGACUGCAGCAAACGUGAAUCGGGGGAACGGACCAGCUCUGCUCAUGGAGGCGACGAUGAGGGGAAAGAAAACCAUUCAAAUGUUCGAUUAACAGAGGAUGACAGGGAGGCUGCUGUUGAUUGCGCAAGACAGGCCUGCAGUGAUCCUGGAGGUGAAGUUCACGGUGACGUUGACCGGCACACCAGCCCUGCUUCAAGACUGGAAGAAGAAGUGCAAGCGCUGGAAAGGGAUGUGGAGGAGAAGGCAGCACGUUUGAGAGCAAUUCAAAAAGAUCUGAUGUCAAACUUUGCUCAGCGCCUUUACUCUCGGAUGCAGCUCAUGCGACCCCAGCCAGUGGAUGGCGAUAGUAUACGCGAAAGAGCAGCAAACACAGGGGAGAAUCCUGUUGAAGGUGACAAUCAACGUUCGAGCAAAUCUACGGCACAGGCGGUGAAAGUACAGGGAAAGCUGCCGAACAACAAUCUCGGCGACCAAGAUGCAGAUGGCAGAUCCACAGCACAUCUUGCGAAAAAGAGAAAGCUCCUCCAAGACGGCCUUGAAAGGAGAGUGGAAGAGUUGCAGGCAGGUGCCAUGGUGUUGAAGGAGUCUUUUGUCCAGGCAAAUGCGUGUCUUGCACGAGAAGAAACUGUUGUCCAGGCAAUCCAAAUGGCAGGAAUUCUACAAGACAAAUAAAGGGGGGUGACAAAUAAAGGGGUUGGGAAAUAUAAGGGGCCAGGGAGAAAAGGGAGCAGUCUUCACAGGAUUCAGAUGUCCAUUCUAACAGCAGGGAGAAUUAUUGAAUGCCUGCCGUUGCUGGAACUCAAACUCAGGUGGCAGAGUUACCUAAGGCGCGGGCUUGAAAAGAGCUUGCAAACCUUCUGUCGCAAGGUAGGUCCCGACUGGAAAGUCAGCGGAUCGAAUCUUGGUGAGUCAUCGGAUACCCCUGGUAGUUUUUGUGCUGUCGGAAGUAGUAGGAUAUAACUCGGUUUUCGAUAGGACCUGAGGGUUAUGAGGUCCGUCUGUUUUUUUAGCCACAUGUUUUGUUAUGUUUCUUUCUUCUGAUUUCUCUACGUAUUUACAAAAUUCAAAUAAUCAAUCUCCAUUGUUUUA